AUGGAUAUUGGUUAUUGUCCUGGGCAGAGUUUUCUGGAUAAUAAUUCAUACGGUAACUUUGUGCACGCUGAGUGUAACUAUAUUCAGUCUUUGGAAACAGUAUAUCGAUACGCCGGUGGUGACUCUGGUAGAUUCGGACCAUUACCCGUCCAACGAGCUCGAUUUACCAGGUAUUUCUAUUUUAUCGACGCUGAAGCAACGAAUGCUUCAUUAAUCGAAGUAAAGGAAAUGAUCUUUGCACUAGGCAGUCUCUAUGAAACUGGAUACGAUCGAACGGAAACCGACGAGAAAAUGGAUUUGUUGAUUGAUGAAGUGCUGCGUAAGUUUUAUUGUGAGGAUGAUUACGAUGUUACACCAGACAAGGAAUUUAAAAAACAUAAACCGUUGAGGCCCCUUAAGAUAGGAAAUUCAGGAAUUAACAAUGGGCUGUCAAUUGUGCGAGAACCAGAGCUUGAUGAUUAUUUUUUUACAUUUUUUGAAAUGAUCGGUUGGAAGAUAGCAAUAUUUAAUUCUGGUGAUUACCCCGACAAUACCAGUGGUGGUGUAUCCGAGGUACUGAUAUCACCUUCAACGGAAAAUUUCAUCCAACUAACCUUAGAAGCGUACCUAAAGAGAAACGGGAUAUUACCUCACAAAGUAACAAAUCCAGAAGAAGUUGAAAACUUUGAAAGAGCUGUUGAAGGAGACGGAGAUAACUUACUGCACUGUAACAGUUGCUAUCCGGCGUGUAACGACGUGUCUUAUAACGUUUAUACUGACUUCGUGCCUCUUCAAACAGGGUAUUAUCAGUCGGAAUUACUGGACAAUCUCGAAGUUAAGGAUCAAAGUAUUGUUCAUAUUUACUUUAUAAACUUCGGAAGUGUACGGCUCAAAAUGGACUUGGGCUAUUAUUGGUACGAGCUACUCAGCAAUAUCGGAGGAAUAUGUGGAAUAUUCAUCGGCUUCAGUCUUCUUAGUCUCGUUGAACUGGGUUAUUUCUUCCUCGGUUUUAUUUAUGAAAUUUGCUGUCCAGGUAAAAUAAUAACUGAAGUUGAAAACACGAUAGAGGACCCGAGAGACCCCGGUGACACCGUAAGGUCUGCUACAGAUAUGCAAUCCGUUAACAGAAUCUACUGGAAUGCGCUGCUGUCACAGCCGAGAAUCUAUGAUAGAAUUUUCAGUGAAAUUUGUCAUUUAGUUUUAAUGGACGGAUGCACGGCAAACAAAACUCUGUAG